UCGGCGCCGCUCGCCCGCAAUCCGCAAUGAAAUGAAAGCAUGAACAUUUUGAGAUUUGAGAAGUUCGCAUUUUAGCGGAUUCCGAAUUCCUAUAUAAUCGAAAUUUGCAUCAUGUCAACAGGAUUUUUUAUAUUUGACGUUACAUUAAUUUUAAUAUGUCUUUUGAUGUAAAUUCUUUGCUAAGUGAAAGUGAUAAAAGUCUCAGAAUUUAACCAAUCAAAAUGGCUGAAGCCCUUGAGAAUAAGUCUGCCCUGCAAGCUAAGAAGUUGGACUCUAAAAAACUUUCCAAGCUCAACAGGGAGAUAAACAAUCUCAGUCUGCAGGAUGCUCAACUGAAGCUUCAGCUAAAAGGUGCCAACGACCGAGGAUCUGUGGAAGUCCUCAGGAAAAGACUGAAAGCCUUAGCUAACCCCAGGAAGCCCUCAACGUCCGGUCUGCAGGAAGACCAGCUGCCUUUUUAUGUUGUCAUCGACUUCGAAGCCACAUGUGAACAAGAGAGGGACAACAGCUUUCCUCAUGAAAUUAUAGAGUUUCCAGCCCUGUUAAUAGACACACGAAAGAAAGAGAUUGUGGACCAAUUUCACAUGUUCUGCAAACCAAAGCUCAACCCCACUCUCUCCGAGUUUUGCAUUUCUUUAACUGGAAUUACUCAGGAUGUAGUAGAUUCUGCAGAGCCAUUUUCGAGCGUGCUGGCCAAGUUCGAUGAGUGGCUCAAGAGCCACGGUCUCGUUGGUGCAAAAAGAAAGCACAAGUUCAGCUUUGUCACUGAUGGGCCCUGGGACUUUUCAAAAUUUCUUCUUGGCCAGUGCAAGCUGACUGAAGUACCUUUCCCCACGUACUGCCGAAAGUACAUAAAUCUACAACGAGCAUUCGCAUCUCAUUACAAAUGUAGAAAGACAUCUCUGAAUGGAAUGCUUCAACAUCUGGCCUUAGAAUUUGAGGGUCGUCAGCAUUGUGGACUGGACGACGCUAAGAAUAUUUCCAGAAUCUUGGUUGUGCUUAUUAGUGAAUUUUGUUCCCUUGUGCCAAAUGAACGUUGCAGUGCAGACGGUCAUGUGCACCACAUUUGAAGAUGAAAAAACCUCAGACUUGGUAGGUUUGCACCUUUAGACUGGAUCAGCUGUGCAAAGAGCAGUUGAUUAUGACAUCGAUAAAGAAAAAAAAAAUGACAAAGGUGUUUCAUAAUCACGCCAACAAAUCUCCCCAAAUUUUGUAACUUAUGAU